UAAUAAAUAGAGAAGUUGCAAUCGCCUCAACAUCCACUCUUAAAAGUCAAAACACUCCCCCUGAAAAAAAAUACCACGAAAUUUAUAGUUCUAUGGCAAAAAGAUCAUUCGCGAUGCUUGAAUGCCAAUCACUCGUGGAGAAUUUAUCGCCGUCCGUAGAUAUAAAACGCCCAAAACGCUCUUCCGACACAACAGUAGCGGCCGACAGUACAACAACAACAUGUUUGUUCCCAAAAGCGGUUAUUGGAUACCCUGUAUUGUCCGAAGAACCAAAUAGUGAUUGGGAUAGAAGCUUUUUGUGUAGGAUCUGCGUUCGAUUACCCGACGGGAGAAGAGUGCAGAGAAGUUUCCUCAAAUCAGAUUCUGUUCAGCUUCUCUGGUCGUUUUGCUACUCCCAGAUUGACCAAUCCGAGAGGAACAAACCCUUCCAGCUGUUUCAAGCGAUUCCGGGCUAUUACAAGAAUCUUCAUUACGGAUCUUACACAAGUUUCGAACAAUCUGGGCUUGCCAACUCUUUGAUCUCUGUGACUUGGAUGUGAAGAAUAAGGUCUUUUUUUCUUGUUUAUUUUACUCAGUUUGUACUUUGUAAUCUCAAGUUCAUGGAAAAAGAUUUGAUCU